CAGAGGCAUGUGACAGUGCGUGUGUUGCGUCGUAUCGUAGCAUCAUGUCUGUGAUGUCGGGAGUGCUGUUACGGUCAAACACUCGUGGACUUGUAAAUCUGUGGUCGGCAACAGAGAGAUAACUCUGGUGAUAAAGUGUUGUAGAAAUGUUGGACUGAACUGAGGUUAGCUUAUUUUAAGAGUGGACAUUUUUUUAAGUAUUAGCUAUGCCGCUUUACUCAGAUCAUUAUUACUAUGGCAGUGGCCAGCCGCCACCGUACUAUUUGUCUUCAUCCCCCUACUCUUCCUCGUCCUCCAGAAUUUCUUCUCCGUAUUCGUUCCCGUACGUGUCUCCAAUAUCAGCUUUGCUGUCUGCGGGGAUUGGAAGCAAUCCGAUGCCGAGAGGAUUGCGAUCAUACUCUCCGAUGUUAUCUGCCAUAUCAGAGACGGGUUCGCCUCUCUUGUCCAGGAGGGAAAUUGGGAACCGCAGUUCUCCGAACUACGGUAAAAACUACUACCGGCAGCGGCCUGUGGUGAUUGACACGGACAAUCUCGACCUGUCGAAAAGAAAGAGAGAAGACAACGGAGAUGUCGAGUCCACUCCUGGUAUGAUAUCAAGGUCAAAAACCAUCGUUAGGAUGCAUACUAGGAAGUUAAAGGAAAACCCUGAACUAAAGAAGAAGAAGACCCAGGCUGAAAUUUUGAUGGAAAAGUAUUUCAUUAAAGAAAAGCCUGUUAAAAAAGAGGAAAUUCCAAAAAGAAAAAGGAUUUGGGAAGAACGAGAAGAAGAAUUGAAUAAUACGCUAGCCCGUGGAGGAACCAUAAAGAGGACUAAUACAGUCCACAAAAGAAUCUCGAGUCCAGCUCCUUUAGAUGAACCUGAAACCCCAGUAAUACCUGACGAAACACCUACUAUUAGAAAAAUGUCAAUUGAUAGUGAGUUACUAAAAGAAGAGGAAGCUUUACUGGAUUCUAUGAUUCAAGAAGAGUUAGGUUUGAGCAACUUGAAGGAAAUGAAAAUCGAUAAUCAAAAUAACGAAGUUGGAACUGAUGGUUCUGUCCUGACAAGAAGAAAAUCUAAAAUUAAAAGAGAUCAAAUACCGUAUGGAAGGAGAAAAUCUUCAGUUGAUGUGAUUUUAGAUGAAAAUGGUGUUUUGGUUGGGAAAAGAAAAUCACAUGUGCGAAAGAAAAAGACCUCAAAAACUUUGCCGUUAGAUGAAUUAAACGCUUGUGACAGUCUUUCAGGUAGUGAUUCUAGUAAUAUGGAGGUCAAAGACGACACUAAAGUGAAAAAGAGGAGAUCAACAAAGAAGAAGAAACCUCCAAAGUUUAAAAUAGACUCUUUAUUGGUUGAAGAAAAAUCAACUCCAAAAGCGUUAGCAAAGUUUCAGUAUCAAGUAAUUGUUGAAGAAAAUAAAAGUAGUGACAUAGGUUCUGUUAAGCUCAAAACUGUCAAACAUAUAAAAAAAGAAGACAUUCCAAAGUAUGAACAGCAACUGCUGUCAAAGGAAGAAGAUAGUGUAAAAAGUGAUACAUUUACUAACCCUACUAACAAAGCAAGUGUUAUUGCCAAUGUAAUUCUUACAAGCAAUGUUUGUGAUAAUAAAUGUGAUACUUUAGACAAAAUUCCAAGUGAAAUAGAUCCCCAAAAAGGCCAGAUAGAAAAAAGUAAAGAUGAUUCUAAAUCUAAAGUUGAUAAUUUUGUAAAAAAGACAGAAAAACUUGCUAAAGGGAUUGCAGAUAAAAAUAAAGCUGAUGACAUAGCUUUAAAGAAACUGCCAAUACUCGACCAAGUUAUAAAACAAAAGAUCGAAGAUACUAAAUCAGGAUCUCAGCAAUUUGUUGACAAAGAACUAACUGUUAGGGAAGAAGCUGAAAAGAAAAUAAAAGGUUUGAAGUCACUAGUAGUUGACGAUGCUAAUGUAAAAUCAGAUAAUGCCAAGAUAUUACCCAAUAAAAAUUUACAAAGUAAACCUCCUUCAUCAGUACCCAAGACAGUAGCAAAUAAUACCAAACAAGACAUCGCAAACACUGAUAGUAAAGCAACUGAAAAUAAUGUUGUACCAGCCUCUCCAACUGAUAAUGGAGAGAACCUGAAGGAUUCUGUACUUCCCAGCAUUACUUUGACGCCCAUCUCAAAAGAAUAUAAACCCAAAGACAAUAAAGAAAAUGUUAAAGCAGAAUUAGAAGGCAAAUUUAUUACUAGUAAGCAAAAAAGCUUAACUCCUGAUCUAGGAAGAAAACUUCCAAUGAAUGUUGCUCCCAAAUCAGAGCCUGGUACUCCGAUUAUGACAAAAAAACUAUUCUUAACAAAAAACAAAACUGAAUCGGACCCAAUCAUUAAUAAAGGCGACCAAGGAAUGAAAUCUGACAUAACUCUUACAUCAACCACACAAAGUGAUAAAGCAGCAGACAAAGCUAAAAAUCAAAACAAGAGUAAAUCCAGUGAUGUUUUAGGUGGUGAUAAAAAAAUUGAAACCAAAUCUAAAUCCCUCGAAGAAAAUCUAAACCAACCACCCAGAAAAGAGGACGAUAAAAUCAAAAUUGUGAAAAAUGAAAAGGAACAAACACAACAAGGUGUAAAGACUGACAAAACAGUUCAUGGCAUUGCCAAAAAAGAAAUGGCUGUACCUAAAAUAGCUACGGAUCCCCCAAACAAAGGACCCAGUAAGAUAAAAGAAGAUCCUGCAUUAAACGUAAGAAAAACCGACAGCAGUAUUGAUAGUCAAGGAAUAAGUAAAGAAAAGGUAGCUCAGCUCAACACUAAAAACAAAGCAUUCUUAACUAGAAGUGAUGCAGUAGAAACUCCUUUUUCAUUGACCAAAAAUAAAGAGGCCAAAGAAAAAACUGUGGAAAAAGAAUUGGAUUUUAAUAGCAAUAAAAUUGUAAAAUCUCCGACUGCAAAUGAAAAUUUAUCUUUAGAUGAAGUAAAAGUCUCUGAAAGAAAAGAAGGCAAUAAAGUUUGCAACACAUCUGCAACAGAAACAACCACUGGGGAAGAAGCACUAGUAAAACCAUUAACAAACAAUGAAAAACCUACUGACAAAAAUAUUAUCUUGAACAAACAUUUAGGAAAAGAUAGUAACAAUUCAUUACCAUGCCAAAAUAAAACUAUUAAACCUGAAAUUGUCCUAAAAAAUAAUCUGAAAAAAAUUGAAAUGAUUAAGAAGGAUGAAAGUUGUAAUAAAGGCAGUGAUAUUCUCACAAAGAAAACUGAUGUAACAAAUGAUAAGGCCUUAGGAAUCAAUAUUAAAGGAAAGAUAGAUUUAACCAAAUGUGACAACACACCUCUGAACAAAGAUGAUCAUUCUGCUGUAAAAACUAAAGCUGAUAUUCCUAAGACAGGAAUGGAUUCAAAAGGCUUAACUCCAUCUACCUUAGAUGACCGGAAAAAUUUGAACAAUGUUAAACAAACUGAAGACAACUCUACAGUUAGCCAUAUUAAGAUAGAAAAGGAUGCAAAACAAGAUAAAACAACAAUGCAAACUGAAUCCAAACCAUCUGAAUCUAAGUUAAAAUGUGAAUCAUUUAAUCAAGCCAAACCACCAAUGACUAAACCAAAGUCUCAAGAAAAACCUGAGAUAACUGAGGUAAAAGGUAAUCAAACAAACAAAGCUGAUAAAAGCAAAGAAACGUCAGGUGAAGGGAAACAUUUGAAUGGAAAUAAUACUGAGAAAAUUGCAGCUAGUAAAUUGAUCGAAGAUGAAAAUAAGACAAUCAAAGUUAAUAAAGAUAAAAAGAAAAGAAUCAAAUCAGAAUCAGAUUUGUUAGAUGAUGAAUGUUCAAAUAAGUCUAAUAGUUCAUUAAAAGAAUCAAGUGACAUACCAUGUGAAAAAUCUCAAUCAAUGAAGGAAGGUGUGACAGACAAAAGCUCCAAGAAGAAAAAGAAAAGCAAAGACAAGGACAGCAGCAAGAAAAAGAAAAAGACCUUGUCAAAGGAAAAUAAAGACAAACAUUCAAAGAAAGAUAAAGAAACGUUGAAAACUUCAGAAAAUGUUAACAUCAAAACUACAAUAGAGUCAAAAACAUCUUCAACAGAAACUGUUACAACAACCACUGUCACAAAAGAAGAAAAGGAAACAAGUUCACGAGAGUUGUCUAAACGUAGUACCCGUUUGUUGCAUUUCAUCAAUAAAUGUAUGAGGCUAAGUGAAGACGACGACAAUAUCUUUAUAGACUACAGUGACGAAGAUAUAAGCUCAUCGUCAUCAUCCGAGUAUUCUAGUGAGAGUGAAUACACAUCCGACAGUGAAGAAGACACACUGACUGAUGAUUCUUCCGAUGAGUGUGAUGUCAACUGCCACCGCAAGUGUGAAAAGUUGAUGCCGAAUUUGUGUGGUGUUAACCAAAAACUUAUCGUAGAGGCACUGUCUUCCUUGAGGAAGGGAUCGUCCGAGUCCCGUGAUCAUGGCUCCCCUACACGUCGCCAUAGCAAUGCAGCUCUCAGCCUGGAGGAGGAGUCACACCGUCAUGGUAGCGGGGCUACCGGAGCAGGCCGAGUCACUCCACCGGCCACCACCAUACCAAAGUUCCGCAAAUACACUAUGGAGGACUUCCAGUUCCUCAAGGUGCUCGGAAAAGGCAGCUUUGGGAAAGUAUUGCUCGCAGAGCUUCGCGGCACUCAGUAUUACUACGCUGUGAAGUGCCUCAAGAAAGACGUGGUGUUGGAAGAUGAUGAUGUUGAGUGCACUUUGAUUGAGCGCAAAGUCUUGGCAUUGGGGACCAACCACCCUUACCUCUGCCAUCUCUUCUGCACUUUCCAGACUGAGUCGCACCUGUUCUUUGUCAUGGAGUACCUCAACGGAGGUGAUCUCAUGUUCCAUAUCCAACAGCAAGGGAGGUUUGAUGAAGGCAGAGCCAGAUUUUAUGCAGCAGAAAUAGUUUCUGGUCUCAAGUUUCUACACAAGAAAGGAAUCGUUUACAGAGACCUGAAGCUGGACAACAUCCUGUUGGACUUUGAUGGCCACGUGAGGAUUGCAGACUUUGGCAUGUGUAAGCUGCAAAUAUACCUGGACAGGACGGCCGACACGUUUUGUGGCACACCUGACUAUAUGGCACCUGAGAUCUUGAAGGGACUGAAGUACAACCAGUGUGUGGACUGGUGGUCGUUUGGUAUCCUGAUGUAUGAGAUGUUGGUGGGAGAGAGUCCCUUCAGUGGGUGUGACGAGGAUGACUUGUUCUGGUGUAUCUGCAACCGUCAGCCGCACUACCCUCGCUUCAUCACACUGGAGGCUAAGCGCAUUCUAAUGCAGUUGCUAGAGAAGGAGGCCAGCAAGAGACUAGGGUCUUGUGAGAACGGAGCUCUGGAGGUGAUGGCUCAUCCGUUCUUCAACGGCUUGGACUGGGAUAGACUCGAGCGCAGGGAACUUGUGCCUCCCUUCAAGCCUAAUGUUAAGCACCCAUUGGACGUUCACUAUUUUGACAAACACUUCACGGCCGAGCGAGCUUGUCUUACGCCGAUCGAUCCUUCCAUUCUGCAAUCGAUGGAUCAAACGCAGUUCCAAGGGUUCAGCUACACCAAUCCCAAUGUCACUGACUAGUCCAAUUGAUUGGUAAACAAACAUGAACACUUACAUACACACACAUCACUACCUAGAUGUCUAAUGUAACAGUAUAAAGUACCGUAGUCAAAAAUGUUUAGUCAAGUUGUUUAGGUGUAUCGGUAUAGGAAUGUCUUUUUAAGCUUAAAGUUGAAGGAGCAAUCAUUACCAUUGUACUAUCUUUAGUUCUGUUACUUUUAACUGUAUAACAUGGUGUGUUGAGUCGAAGAAGUUGGAAGGUUGAAGUCUUACGAAGGGUACCAAAUGACUUCAGGGUUCUUGGAGAUAAUAACCAAUUUACUUUGUUAAUGGUUUAGGAUUUAAAAUCUUUGCUAGUCUGAAAAAAAUGGUUGAAUAUCAUUUGACACUGUCAAUCUUAUGUCUGGUGUUAUUUUCUGUAAAGUUGUUGAAACUUGGAUUUUGUUUGUACCUUAACUUGCCAAUUAAGUAUCUUUGAAAACCACAUUUAUUUAUUUAUCUGUGAAGAGUCAAAACUUUGCCUCGUUGAUAUUAACGUAGCAUUACUUAAAUGAUACUCAAUCUAGUCAGUUGAGCUGUAAAAUCUUUUUAAUUGUAUAUUUUAACUGUGGAAAUUAACAUUAUUAAUUGUUUGUGAAAAUAUAGCAUUACCUCAUACCUAGUCAUCUAUAAUUUGUAAUAUUACUUAAUGAUCAAAUUACAUUUUAUUUAUUACUAGGAAUUCUAGGUUUUAGAAAAGUAAUGCUUGCAUUAGACAUGAGUUUAUUAUUUUUUUUUUUUUUAUUAGUCAUAAAUUAUUUAUACCAGGUGGUUUUAAGCGUUGGAAAUUUGAAUGAAAUAUAAACUGGGAUUUUGAUUUUGUAGUAUUUGUACUCACUAAAAUUAGAAUAAUACAUGUAAAUUAACAAAAAUAAUAAUGUGUAUAUAGCCAUAGAGUAGAAUAGUAAUUUUUGUACGUUUAUUUUUGUGGUUUGCUUAUUAAUAUUUUUAUAACCAGCUAUGGUAAAAUGUUGUCAAACGUGAUUAAAAAACAUUAACAGUUUUUUUUUUACUGUUUGCUUUUUCAGAAAGAGAAAAAGUUGUGAAACGGUUACAAAGAUAAUUUUACCCAGCAAGUCAUACAACAAAUAUUGAUUGUGAUGCAAUUUUGCUAUAUGGUUUUAUGUAACAUAUGUGUCACAGUAAUUAACGGAUAGUCCUUUUCUGUUUAAACGCAAAUAGUCAAUGACACAACCCUUCCCCAUUGCUCUUACCUCCUUCCGAAAGUUAAGGCAUAGGUAACAUUUGUUUUUCCAAUGUUCGUAAAAAAAACUUCAACAGGAAAGGAUUGUUUUGUUUCUCCUGCAAACUUAAAUAUGUUCUUCUGUGCAUGUCUCACUCCGUGUUUUGUUAAAAAAAAGUAUUAAGAGGUCUUAAAAAGUAAGAUUUAGUAAACAUUCAAAUCAAUUUGUUUGGUUUGACUAAUGUGUAUGAUUAAAGAAUUUACCAUGUUGUAGGUUUUUAACAAAAUGAGUUUUGAUGGUCUCAGAAUUUUAACAAACAACCAAAUGUUAUCUUAAACAUCGAUAAAUGUUAUAUGCGGUUGUUUAGUUACACAACAAUAGUUGUUUUAAUGUUCCUUGAUUUUAGUUGUAUAUACUGUAGUGUUAUAGAUUAACAAUUGCAUUAAAAUGUGUACUUGCCUAUUUUAGAUAUAUUUUAUAUGUUUUAGUGUUUAUUUUUUGAUAGCUUGAAAAUGUGUUGUUAUGAUAGAUUAAGUUAAAUAAAUGAUUUUGUUUUGCAA